UGCGUUCUGAACGUCUCUUUAUCCUAUACUGCUAUCAUGUCAAACAUUGUCACCGUACACGCGGUACGAAAGACAUUAUCCUUGUCAAAGAAUUUAAAAACAUUGCUCUUGAGUCAGGCUGUCUCUGAUAUCGGCGUUGGUUUAGUGGCGCAACCUUUAUAUGUCGCACGUAUGAUCCUCUAUUGGAGUCAGGGUACUGAAAACAAUCCAACAUAUUUUGCCAUAAUGAUAAUGCACAUCAUCGCGUCGAAUCUAUUCAGUUUUGCAACGAUCCACGGCGCUAUGGCGUUGUGUACCGACAAAUUCAUGGCCGUUCAUCUUCACCUCAGAUACCAGGAACUAGUGACACACAAGCGAGUUGUUGGUGUGGUAAUCUUAAUUUGGGCAUUGAGCGGAUUUCUUUCAUUCGCCAGGCUGUGGAUGUCAAUAAAUUUCAUGUACGCAAUUCUCGCGAUCUUUAUAUCCGCUUGUAUUGUAACGGCAACUUUCUUUAGUGUCAAAAUUUGCUGGUUUGUACGGCGCCACGUAAGUGACCUUCACGUUUUGCAGCCACCACAAGUAACGCAGAACGGACAAAUGGCUAAUAUCUUAAGGCGGAGAAAGUUCGCGAUAGCGUCAGUUUACUUACAUCUGGUUUUUCUGAUUUGUUAUUUGCCAAAUAUUUUCACCUCGUUUGCUGUCGCUUUCACCUCUUACUCAUUGAACAUCAAACUAAAGGCUUUACACGGUUAUAGUCUGACACUCCUCUAUCUCAAUUCAUCCAUUAACCCCCUUAUUUACUGCUGGAAGAUGAAACACAUCCGCCAUACAGUCAUUAGGAAGCUUUAG